AUGGCUCGCGCCGACCUCCUCCAGCUGCUAGGCUUCACGCUGGUCGCUGCGACAGUGGUGCGCGGUCUUUGGACGGUGAUCUAUCGGCUGUAUUUCCAUCCACUGGCCAAGGUGCCCGGUCCAUUCUUUGCGCGCGCAUUCUACUUUUACUCGUUCUGGUACAACCUCAACGGCGGACGUCUCUAUCUCCAAAUCCAGAAACUCCACGAGCAAUAUGGCCCUGUCGUCCGCAUCUCCCCUAAUGAAAUCCACCUCAGCGACCCGGAGAACUGCGACAAGAUCUACUACGUCGGCUCGCGAUACGGCAAGGACCCGGCCUUCUACGGCGCCUUCGGCACCGAAAAGGCGACCUUCACCACGCCGAGCCCGGACAUGCACCGCAUCAAGCGCUCCGCUCUGAACCCCUUCUUCUCGCGCAAGAAGGUCCUUGACCUCGAGGAGAUCGUCCAGGAGAAGGCAGCCAAGCUCGUGGGCCGCAUGCGUGCCGCCUUCGAAUCGACCGGUCGCAUCGACCUCCACCACGGGUUCCGCGCCAUCUCCGUCGAUGUCAUUACGGACUAUGCGUUCAACCAUUGCUACGGGUUUCUCGACGAGGAGGAGUUUGGCGUCGAGUUUUUCAACAUGAUCCGCGACUUUGGGCCUGCCUUUUGGUUCUUCCAGCAGUUUCCUGCUGUGCAGCCCUUGGCGUUGGGGACGCCGUUCUGGCUAGCCAAGUUGACCAGCGGUGCGCUGACCCGCAUGAUGUUGCAUCAUGAGGGAUCGCGUCGGCAAAUCCUCCGUGUUAAAGAUGAGGUUGACAACGGGAAGAAGGCCGCGCGGACGACCAUCUUCCAUCAGCUUCUCUCCCCAGAUGCUGCGGAAGGGUACGUCGUGCCGACGGUGGAGGAGCUCAAGGAUGAGGCGUACAUUCUCGUGGCGGCCGCAGCGGACACUACAGGAAACGCCCUGACGAUUGCGACUUACAACGCGGUGCGCAACCCAAAGAUCUAUCAGCGGUUGACGGCGGAGUUGAAGGAGGCCUUCCCGGACCCUGCGAUGAAGAUGGACUUUGUGUCGCUUGAGAAGUUGCCUUAUUUGACGGGUGUGAUCAAAGAAGCUCUUCGGCUUUCGUUUGGUGUUGUCGGUCGACUCCCGCGUGUCGUCCCUGAUCCUGGAGCCGAGUUCAACGGGUACCAUGUGCCUGGAGGGACUGUUGUGAGCAUGAGCUCCUGGAUCAUGCAUCACAAUGAGGACCUGUUCCCGCAGUCCGAGGUAUUCAAUCCCGAACGCUGGACUGAUCCAGAGAAGGCCAGAUCGCUGGAUCGGUUCUUAUUUUCGUUUGGAAAGGGGUCCAGACAGUGUGUCGGAAUGCCUCUCGCAUACUGCGAGCUUUAUGUGACGCUGGGUCAGGUGUUCCGCCAGUUUGAUGAUCUGACGACCCCGGCUAAGGCUCGGGAGGAACUGUUGUAUAACGACUAUUUCUCGUCGUAUCAUCCGGAACAGUAUAACAAGUUUGUCUUCAAGCGGGGGAGCAAUGUUGAUUUCUCUUCCUCUUAUAUCCCUCUCCGCCUCUCUCAGCUUUCUCUCUACCUUCUCUUGUUUUUAUCCUCUUUCCUCUACGCUACCUCCACACUCCCACAACGUCUACGCUCCAUCUACAAUACCUCUCACCACCCUUCCACCCCCAACUCACCUAAACAACCUCCACCCCACCCUGCUCUCCCAGCCAUAAUGGGCAUCAACUGGAACGAGCAAGCCGACGCCAGACUGCUCGUCGGCGUCCUUUCCACCACUCACCAGAAGCUCGACUACAAAGCCCUCGCCGAAUUCAUGGGCAAGGGUACGUCUGCAUCCCGCAUCCUACGAAAUUCUUUUCUAACGGCCACAUGA